UUUAAUUUUUUAUUUAUACUUUUUUUUGGUUGUUAAAACAUAUUUCUGGUGCAAUCGUAGAGUGGUCGAGUUGGGUCUACACUGUACUAAUCAAAGGAAACAAAAAGCCAACCAGCGAUGACCUUUAGAACGGAGGUGAAGCAAGAGCCACACACGGAAGGGGACUCCAAUACUGACGUCAUGAAAACGGAAAAGUCUGAAGUCAUCGAGACAGCUCAACGUCACUCGCCAGCUCCGCCGUCAACACACGACGGAACUACGACACGGCAUCGGUUCCGGUUAUUGUCCAACGCGUCUCCAUUGAGAAAAAACUCCUUCCCUAGUCAAUUGCAGCCAUCGAGUGGAUUGUGCAAUGACGAGGACAAAAUGGCUGUCCAAUUAGACAGGAUGAAUUCAAAGUACUUAGAUUCUCCUGCUGCAGACUCAAACUCAGUUCUUCCAAACGCUUUCAAUUGUCAUUGUUCACACACUACACUGUCUUCUCUGAAAUCUCGACAUCACUCGUCUUCCCCAAUAGAGCAAGCAAUAACGCCACAAAAUGGCGUCACUUCCUCCUCUGCUCUUGCACACUGUGCAGAAACAGACGAAUUCUGUUGGGCAAACUCUUCAAAGGACGUCACCGACUUUUCUAUAGAAGAAAUUCUCAAGCCAUCGUUCGGGGCAAAGAAGCAACCCGAGCCUUCUUCCAUAGAACGAGUAGUGACGUCUAUUUCACAACCAUUAGACAUUCGAAAACAAAAGAAAAACACUCCACAGAAAUCUCGCCCAUCCCUAUCGAUCAGUCAAUCGGAUUUGGACGGAAGAAAAAGGAAGAUUCCAACCGCACACAGGCGAUCAGAAAGUCCAGAAGAUAGCAAAAGAGACUUGUGCCUUUUUCUCUUUCAGAAAACGCAAGAAAUCUCGGGGAGUACGAGACCUGAGACGAAUAUUUCUGAGCACAAAAAGCACAACGCCAUUACAGAACGUUCAUGCAAUGACGUCAUGGAGAAAAGUGCACUGAGCAAAGACAAUAUCAGUGAAACAUCCUACAUGAAUUUUUUGUACAAUCAACUAAUUCCAAAUCCUAUUUGUGAUGCCAAUUCACAAUCGCUUAAGGCACAUUUGCAUUCAUAUUUGUAUGGAUUGGGAUCCAACAUUUUUGGGUACCAAAGUCUACAGUCUCUAGUUGCGUCAUCUAGGACAUAUUUCUCCUCUCAUCUGCCACAAAAAUAUCCUCUUCAAGAGCAGGAUUUGUUCUCGAACAGUAAAACCAAGAACCACAUUCCUUUCGUAGAGCUUGGCAUGCAGCAUGAGUACCAAAUGAUGGGCCACUUUUACGAGGCAAAAGAGACCCCUGCAGGGGUGAAUGAAGUUGGAGAGAUACAGAGAAGCUGGAGGGGACAGAACCAUUUUGAUGACGUUGACGAAAAUGCGACAGAAACUACAAGCCAUUUUGAAAGUGAAAGUUUUGAUGGUUUAAAAAUGAAAAAGCUGUGUGUAGAUUUUAUUAACACUGAGAGGAAGAUCGAUAUUGAGUGUGAUGCUGGUGAUGGCUGCAUCGUUAACAGAAUGGAAUACAGCAACAACAACACCAACAACAACAAUAGCAACGACUGUAAGACACAUAGCAAUUACAACACGAGCAAAAAAAGUAGCAGCAGCUGUAACAACAACAGAAACAACAAUAACAACAACAAAAGCAACGACAACCUCGAGAGUAGCAAUAUCAAAGCGGGUGACCACAAACCACACACCAGUAAAAAUGGCGGCAAUGCCACAAGCCCUCAAACGCUGGUACCUUCAGUGUCUGACAUGACCAACACUGAGAUGACCACCAGCUCCUUGAGCGUGAAGACCUCGCCCACAUCUACGUCACAUCAGUGCGGCGGGGUCAAGGACGAGCUUCCAACGAGGUCACCGAACGCAGAGGUCAAGGACAAGAACAGAAGCCGUGUCUUCCCUUUACCUGCCUGGGUCUACUGUACGCGCUAUUCGGACCGCCCAUCUUCGGG